CCUAAGUCUGCACUUGCAUUCAUAGGAACAUAAAUAGCUGCCUCCUACCGAGUCAGACCCUUGGUCCCUCUAGCUCAGCCUUGUCUACACUGACUGGCAGCAGCUCUCCAGGGCCAUGUAGCUUCUGUGCGUCCAAAGUGAUUCAGGGCCUUUAAGGUUCAGCCCAGGCCUGCCUGCCUGCCUGCGUCGGCCUCAUAAUAGCGUUCGGCGUUGUUUAAAAACAUGACAACAAACUGCGGACCAGCCUGCCGCCCGAUGACAUUUUUCCGUUUGAGCCUUCUGAUGCGUUGUGAAAAGGCAGAGUAUUUUUCGACUCAGGUCAAUUCCAAUUCCCUGAGCUCUCCGACGGGCCGGGGCCCGAUGACAGCGCCUUCCCUGCACCCGUCCCUCGGACCCGGCAUCGGCCACGCCCUGGGCUCCCCGAACCAGCUUCAUUCGCCCAUCAGCACGCUCAGCUCCCCCAUCAACGGCAUGGGGCCCCCUUUCUCCGUCAUCAGCUCUCCCAUGGGGCCCCACUCGAUGUCUGGGCCGUCCACCCCGGGCCUUGGGUUCGGAACCAGCAGCCCACAGCUCAGUUCUCCCAUGAACCCCGUGAGCAGCACAGAAGAUAUUAAGCCCCCCUUGGGACUCAACGGCGUUCUUAAAGUGCCAGUACACCCUUCAGCCGCCAUGGCCUCCUUCACCAAGCACAUAUGUGCCAUCUGUGGGGACAGAUCAUCAGGUAAACAUUACGGGGUGUACAGUUGCGAGGGCUGCAAAGGCUUCUUCAAGCGGACGGUGCGGAAGGACUUGACAUAUACCUGCCGCGACAACAAGGACUGCCUCAUUGACAAGCGCCAGCGGAACCGAUGUCAAUAUUGCCGGUACCAGAAGUGUCUCGCCAUGGGCAUGAAGCGAGAAGGGAUGGAGCACCAUCCAUCCCGGCCCACCAGACAGCCAGGAAGGCAGGAAGAUCAAGCCGUACAGGAAGAGCGACAGCGGGGGAAAGACCGCAACGAGAACGAGGUGGAGUCGACAAGCAACGCGAACGAGGACAUGCCGGUGGAGAAGAUCCUAGAAGCCGAACUCGCAGUAGAGCCAAAGACAGAGACGUACAUUGAAGCUAAUAUGGGCUUGACUCCGAACUCACCCAACGACCCGGUCACCAACAUAUGCCAAGCGGCAGACAAGCAGCUCUUCACGUUGGUGGAAUGGGCCAAGAGGAUUCCCCACUUCUCCGAACUGCCGCUGGAUGACCAAGUAAUCUUGCUCAGAGCCGGCUGGAAUGAAUUGCUGAUUGCCUCCUUCUCUCACCGGUCCAUAGCUGUGAAAGAUGGGAUCCUCCUUGCCACAGGCCUCCACGUUCAUCGGAACAGCGCUCACAGUGCAGGAGUUGGCGCCAUCUUCGACAGAGUAUUGACAGAACUCGUGUCAAAAAUGAGGGACAUGCAGAUGGACAAGACCGAACUAGGCUGCCUGCGAGCUAUCGUCCUCUUCAACCCCGACUCAAAAGGCCUUUCCAAUCCUGCCGAAGUGGAGGCUCUGCGUGAGAAGGUGUACGCUUCGCUUGAGGCCUACUGCAAACACAAAUAUCCCGACCAGCCUGGAAGGUUCGCCAAGCUCUUGCUCCGCCUCCCCGCCCUCCGCUCCAUCGGCCUCAAAUGCUUAGAGCACCUCUUCUUCUUCAAGCUCAUAGGCGACACCCCUAUCGACACCUUCUUGAUGGAGAUGCUGGAGGCCCCCCACCAAAUGACUUAAGAGGCAGCCUCUGGCGAGCAUCAGCCCCUCUCCUGGAGCUCAGCAGGCUCCACCACGCUCCGCCUCCGCGUCCCGCCCGGUGCAAAAGACACUGCUCUCCUCCGCGCGGCACUCACCUGGCGACCCUGUUGGCUCGGCCCCUUUGUUGCUUUCACAAUCUCUGCUGCCUCUGAGGAUCCAGUGUUGGGCUGCCGCUGCUCCUUCCACCGAUGGAGAGACCGUGGGUUUCAGACACUCAAAGGGCACCCACCGCCGCCUCCUUCCCGGGCACAGGUGCACCGCAAAAGAGCCUGCAAGCUGGGUCACUCUCGCCGUCGUUCACCCCCCCCCCGCCCCCCGCAUUUGUGGCUUUGGUUGGGCAGAUGGGAUUUGCGUCCUCCGUUGCAGAGAGAUGGACUUUGGGAAGAAGGAUGGAAGGGAUUGUGUGUUUUGUGUUGUCGUCCCCCCCCAACCCCACCCCUGAUUUGGAAAGAGGAAAAGAUGAUCCUCCCCCCGCCCCCCACGCCCAUUUCAAUUGCUUAACAUCUCUAAAGGGAACUGAGUGCAAACGCAGUUAAGCUGAGGAGGGUCUUCGCGGCGAAGGGUUCCUAAUAGGGGAAGGUUUUCAGGGGGUGCUCAGCGCCCACCUUGCCUCCCCAUGCUUCUGCUGUGCUGCUCAUGAGCAAGCUUAUUGGGAUUGAUGGGACAUGCUUACUUCCAACGGGAGUCACUUCAAAAAAGUUUGUUUCGUUAUUCAUGAGUAACUCAGUCUGGAUGGGAGCCAUUGAUUGGAGUCGCUUGUCUCAUAGCUAACGUUUAAGUGUGUGUGCAUGAGCAAUAAAAAUCUCUAUGGGGCACCUGAGCUGAAGGCUUGAUCCGGAAGGGGGCCUCCUGUUUAAAAAACUUGGGGAGCCCUGAUCUAACGGCGUCGUAAAAUUAAGCGUGAAGGGAAGGGCCUGGCACAGGCAGGCAGCAUCCUGCAAAAGGGCGGUGCUUUCAUAGCUGUCUUGAUGUUGUUGUUCAAAGGUGACGUCCUCUCUGUUGUCAGAGUGAGGCCGGCCUAUUGCAAGCCGACAGGAAUGCACAGAGAUCAGCCCAGGCACUUUUAACGCUGUGAAUGUCACGGGUGAACCAAAUCCAUCCAUGCCUUUCCUUGCCAAAGGGCAUGCCUGUCCAGUGGGCGUUUUGCAGAAGAUGAAAUUGUCGUUGCUCGUGGUUCUUUAAGGCUGAGGUUGGGAACCUUGGGUCCACUGGUUGCUGGGACUACAACUCCCAUCCAUCCCCAGCCGUUAUGGAUGGGGAUGAUGGGAGUUGCAGUCCAACAUUUGGGGACCCAAACGUGAGAACCCCUGCUUUAAAGUUCUUCCUCUACUAUUGCCACCUUAAAAAGAAAAGAAAAAUGUCCCUGCCCCUGUGCCCGGAACAGAUAUGCAGAAAUGCAGCCUGUGGAGCUCUGUCCGAGCCCUGCCUGUUUCAUGUCUUCAUAUCCGAUAUCCUGGCACGGGGACCCUGGAAGGUGUUCAGAGGAAAUCCCACGGGCAGUUCUGUGCUUUGUACGGCCAAACCUGUGUCUGCUCACCAUUUAACACACGAAGCCAAGUAUUGAUGGGCUGUGCCUUCCUGGCAACGCUCUUGAGCGUUCUCUGGUUUUGUAGAGUUUGGAGGGGAGUUUAGCACCGAGGCGAGCCAGUUCUGGGAAAGUUGCUUAUCAGGGUUGUGGAUUCUCAGCAUCGACAUAGGCAGUAGGGAUGUGUGAAUCGAUUUGAAUUGAUUUGACUUGAAGCUGGCCAAUUUGGACGAUUGGAAUUUGGAUAGAAUCACCCCUUUAAAAAGGUAAUUCAAUUCAAUUCAAAUCGGUCAGACUUGCGUUUGAAUCGAUUCGAAUCUAUUCGGUGACCAUUUUGGGACAAUUUUGUCACCUUCUAAAAACCAUUCAGGCACUCUGGUCAAAAAAGCCCCCCAGAUAGGUUGAUUAGAUUCAAAUCAAAUCAAUUAGAAUUAAAUCCACCUGUUUCCAGCCAAUUCAAUUCAAAUUUGAAGCGUAUUUGAAAAUUCGAUUCGUGCACAUCCCUUAUAGGCAGUUCCUCUAGUCUACCAGGGUCUGCUGUGAGUGGCCCCAUGUUCUUGGACUUGGCGGGCUUUCCCAGCCUUCUGCUGAGAUCUUUUCCAGACAGCCUGAGACCCUCUGCUUUGGAAGCACUGCUCAGCUGCUGCACUCAGGGCCAUCACACUUUCCUGUGCUUCUAAGCAGGCUUGUUAACAGAGCGGUGAUCUUGGAGCUGAUGCCACGCCAGCCUCUUUGCCUCCCAACCUAAGGCCCGGCUGUGCCCAGCAGAAUCCACUGUGCAGGUCUGUUCUUUAAGGAGAGAGAGAGAGAGAGAGAGAGAGAGAGAGAGAGAGAGAGAGAGAGAGAGAGAGAGAGACCAGAGGUGACACCUGUCUGAAAGGUCAGCCCUUCUGAUGCAAGCCUCGCCUCACCCCAUCCCAGCUGGGCGAGGCCAGUUGUGUGGCACGGGGGCAAAAACACUCUCUGCUCAUGCUCAGAGGUAUUGUCUUUAGGCAUACUUCAGGUGGCCCACUUGUCAAAGGUAGAUUCUGCGGUCGAGGCCCAUUCAACAAAGGCAACAUUUGAGCUUCAGAAUCUAGUCUAGCGGAGAGAAAAAAUUAAGUCCAGAAUAAAAGUGAUCCGAAACGGAAUGCUUCCUAUACAUUCUGUGGCCAUUCUGAGAGAGCCUCGUUUUUUGAAGUUUUAGUCAACUUUCAGCUCAAAAUGUAUGGGGAGGUGAAAGGCUCGCCAGAACUGACUUUCUCAGGAAACAGGCUCUGACCAUCUCGCAGUCACCAGUGUUUUUCCUCCCGCAAUCCCCCUGGAAUAAGCACAGGAUGCGUUCAGAUUGUGGGGAAAUAUGGCAACCACCGGGACAGCCAGGAGCACUGAUGGUCAGCUGAUUCCCUUUUGGGGGCUCCCAAAUUAACCCCCCCCUCUGGCUUUGCACUCUGGCAAAAUUGGCAGGGAAAGUGUUUUGGCUUCAUUGUAAAUUUACCAAGAAAGCUGGUUGGGGCAACCUGAGAGUAAAAGUAGGACAGUGGCAUCAGUGGUGUUUGCCGGGGGUCUUCUGAGGGAGGCUCAAGUGAAAGGAAACCCACCCUAGAUAUGAGCCAAUCUUGUCCAACCUGAGGUUUUCCAGCUAUUGUUGGACUACAAAUCCCAUAACCCCAGCCGUAAUUUGUUGUGUCACAGAAGAGGGUACCUUGUUGCAUCUCUGCAUGACUUGGCCUGGCCUUGCCCUCCUCCAGAUCAGACCCCAUUGGGAGUGUGCCAUCCUGCUUUUUCUCCACACUGAGUGUAACAACCAAUCCCGAGACGGAGAUGCAGUCGAAUUAGCACCGCCUGAGGCGAGUUCCUCGCGGGUCUCUGCACGAAUCCGAUUCAUGCAGAAGCACCAGCUGGGCUCCCCGAGGUCAGAGAACAAUUCCUUUCCCACACUUUAGAAGCAAUCCUUGUCAAGCUAGAAGGGGCAGCUUGACCCAUAGGGCAGUUUUGUUUUGGCCAGUGUGGGGCUCAAAUGACCCAUAGCAGUCAUGGCUCUGAGACUCCGUUUGUGGGGAAAGAAGUCUGUUUCAUAGCCCAGUGCAAAGGAGCCCAAUUUGUACCCAUACAUAGUUGGCAUGUAAGAAUUAAAAUGGAAAAGAGCUACCUCCUGAGAAUCUCAGCUUUCUUUUCAUUUCCAAGCAAGUUUCUAGUCCUUAAGGCUACAGAUACAUGCUUGGAAGCAUGCAUCUGGAGACUGAAGGUAGACUUUUCUUUUCAAAGCUCGUAUUGUUGCCUUACGCAGGUGUUUCCAGAGCCAAGUUCUCUCUCAAUCUCUCUUUAAAAAACAACAACCAAAAACCAGAAUGAACAGUGAAGGAGUGUGUUGGUUUUGCAGAAGAAAGUGGUUAUUCUUAGCAGGUUGGGCCGAGGCCAAGAGUGAGGUGAUUGUGGUUGGCUCUGGCCUAGGAGUUUCCCUGGGACAUUUAUUUGCUUGGUGUGGGUUUUUCCCCUCCCCAGACUCCGUGUAUGUUCUAAAAAUAAUCCACCUUCUCUCAGCAGCCGCUGUGAGUCCUUUAAAAAGAUGCCUUCAGAGAUCGCUGUGUUCAGGGACAGAUUUUUGGCUGCACUCGUUCCUUGCGGGCCAGGCCUGCUUCCUCACACUUCCCACCCGCUUUCCAAGAGGCAUUUCCCACACGCCAGGGGCCGACGUCUUCCCGUAGGACUCCCGGAGACGACUCAGUCCCUUACUCAGCCAUCCCCAAAUGACUCGAGGUAGCCGACUGGCAGGAGGGAAGAGAAACGCUGUCUCCGUCUCUUUGCCCGCUUGCAACUUGGCUGGGAAUAUUAUCCAAACAACUUUUACCCUGGAAACGGGGUUUGUGUGUCAUUUGAUUGCCAGCAAAAUGAGGCAAGAAAUGGCUCGUUCUGUACUAAUACAUUCGUGCAGGAGUGUGCUCUUUAGGACAGGGGUUGCGGAAAUGGGGAACUGCCAAAUACCGAGUCAGCGCCUUGGUCCAUCUAGCUCAGUAUCGUCUACCCAGACUGGCAGUUGCUUCUCCAAGGUUGCAGGCAGGAGUCUCGCCUCCCAAGUUGGCAAGCUCACUUCUUCGACCCAAGAGUCACAGGUAGCCUUUGAAAGACACACCCGCUGCUUUACACAGCCACUGAAAUAUCAGGUUUUAAUUUCUGGGUUCUGAAGCCAAGACUGAAGAAUCAAAUCUCACACUUUUAGAUUUUUAGGCUGGUUUAGGAUAUUGGAUUCAUGCACACCAAAUUCUUUCCACUGCCUCUUUGGUCUUUGCCAGAAAAUAUUGGCAUUCAUUGCCCUUGUUUAUCCCGACCGAGUCCUUGGGCCCAUCUAGAUGGUAACCUAUUCCAGCUUCGCAAAUUAGAUCAUCAUGAGAUUUUAUGGAGCCUCUACAUGACGUUUAAACAUUCUGUGUAAUUUCCUAGCACCAUCUGCUGGUCACAUGCUGACAAUCCAUGAAGAAGCCAUCUCUUUUCAAUGCUACCUUGAUCCUGGCUUGACAAUGAUGUGACUUUUUCACAGAUUCCCAGCAGGUGGCGCUAAGACAUUACAGGAAGGGUUUAAACGUCAUGUGGCUGCCCUGUAAAAUCUCCCAUUGGAAUUUGUGUUGAAUUUGGAAUAAAUUACUGCCAGGAUAGUGCUCUCAUUCUAUUUGCGUGUGUCCAGCUCUGACAGAAUGUGGCCAGGAAUGUGCAAUCUAAUGCCCAGUAGCAAGCAAUGUAGUGUGGAUAGAGGGUGCCCCAAUACAUCAUGUUUGUACAGAAACUUUAUUCCAUGCCCAGCCCUCCUUUAAUGGUCUCGGGCGAGUGCAAGCAUUUUAACUGACAGCAGCCAAAGUCUCUUCCCCCAAGUAACACACAAGCGACACACCUAAAAGACCGUCGGACUUUUGCACCCCUGCCCACCACAGCCUUAAAUCAAACUCUGCAGGAUUUUGAUUCUAACCGAUUUCCUCCUUUCAAUUUUUCUUUCACAUUUUGGGUUCCUUUCUCUCUUUCCCACGAUGGCAGUGAGCCAUAACAAUGACCAAACUACUCUCUCUCAGCCCAGGACAGCUGUGGGGUCUGUAGCAUUCUGCAAAGAGCCAGGGUGGGUUUUGCCACACAGGAUGGCAAAAGGGGUCAUCUGAACAAGCCAAGUGAGAUGUACUGCAUUUACCUGAAUCUAAAACUUGCCUCCCCCUGCCCCUCGCCAAGUUCUGUGAGGUUAGAAAAAAGCGGGAUCAUCUUAAAUUCGGAGUCCUUUUUCAUUUCGGGUGAAUACAGAUAUAAUCUGUCCUUAACCUGAAAUUUUCAACAGAGCCAUCUUAAAUUCAGCGUCGGUCUUCUAUUCGGGUAAAUAGGGUGCCUUUUAAAAAAUACUUGAUCCACCAUGAUGGCAUGAUGCUGUUUUAAGUGAGGGCGGAGGCCAUGAUGCAUUUAAGAGCCAGGGUUCUAAACAAACCACUCUCUCGGAUGCAAUUGGCUUCUACCGUGCUAACCCUAACCCUAACUGGCUACACAGCUUUGGCCCUCCAGCUGUUGCUGGACUACAACUCCCAUCAUCCCCGGCCACAAUGGCCAACAGUCAGGGAUGAUGGGACUUGUAGUCCAUCAUCUGCAGGAGGGCCGAAGUUGUGCAAGCCUUGUUUUAGAGGAUUCCUCUCCCUCCCUCCUGCUCUCUCUCUCUCUCUCUUUCCUUUCCACAUCUGCAACGAGAGAGAUUCCACAUAGGAUGCACAGUCCCGGGGCUUUCUGUUGUGAAAUUGUAGUAGGAGGCUGUGUGUCUACAAUGAGAUGGCACGAUGUUUUUUACGUUGAUAUGUAUGUAGUGUAGAUAUGUUCACUGUAUAAAUAUCCUCACUCACAUAUGCAUAUAUUAUACCCAUAGCAAGUCAGACUUUUAGCAUUACCUUUGCGUUCUCUCUCUCUUUUUUAAUUUCUUGGUGCCCCCUUCAUUUGCUUUAUGAAAGCAAGUACAUUUCAUCGGACUGUCCCUUCCAGCCCAUGCAGAGUUGGUUGGCACCAAAACAGAACUUUAUAACCCAAGAAGAGGCAAAAAUGCAUCUAUUUUAAGAUGCUGGGGGGUGGGGCAAGCAGCAGGUGUAUUCAAACUAUAGCUUUAGCAGCUCCCAACACUUAGAAAAACAGAUGCCUUUGCUAUGGAGUGCAUAGCUUAACAAAUAUAAAAUUUAGAAAGGGUUUUUAAAAAACUAAAGCUUUUUAAAAAAGAGAAAGGGUAAGCAAAAUAUCUAAAGCGUCAAUAAAGUUAAAUAUCUAUUUUUGUACAAAUGUAAUUUUAUCCCUUACAUACUUUCAGAUAAUUUGGGGUUUUUUUUUGUGGUGUUGUUGUUGAUGUGGGGCAAGGGUGUGUGUGUGUGUUUCUCUGUUAUCAUAGAAUUUGCUCUAAGUUUCGCAUUAAUGCAUUUAGCCAGAGAUCCAUCUGUACGGAGCAGAGGGCAGGCUUUGCAUUAUGUUGAAAUGGCGUCAUCCAAAAUCUCUUCAGAAAUGGUUUUUCUUUUGAACGAGUGGGUUUUGACUUUCCCUCUGCUAUUUUUGGAAAUGCAAAAAGAUGGCCUUUUAUUGCGUCGUUUCCCGCGCCCUCCCACCCCAGCAUUAUCCUGCAGGUCUACUCUACUGUGAAAAUCACUACCAUGUAUUAUUGUUCACUUAAAAAAAAAAUUAAGCAAAUAAAAAAAAAAUUCUGCUGGAAAUGCCAGUAUUUUGAACAAAUGUCUUAGAAUUGUUUUAAAGAGUAAAAGAAAAUAUAUGAGCAUUUUAAAAUACAACAA